GUGGUGUUCGGGAGGAAGCUGCCAUCCUUCUCCUCCAUUGCCCUGCAGCAGCUGCAGCAUGAGAAGAAAUACGACAUUUACUUCAUGGAUGCCGAGGUGUACGCGCUGUACAGGAAGCUGCUGCAGCACGAAUGCCCCCUGUGCCCGGAUGCAAAGCCCUUCAACACCUUUGCAGAUCUGGAGCAGCACAUGAGGAAGCAGCACGAGCUCUUCUGCUGCAAACUCUGUGUUAAACACCUGAAGAUCUUCACCUACGAGAGGAAAUGGUACUCCAGGAAGGACCUGGCCCGGCACCGGAUCCACGGGGACCCCGAUGACACCUCGCACCGCGGCCACCCCCUCUGCAAGUUCUGCGACGAGCGCUACCUGGACAACGACGAGCUGCUGAAACACCUGCGCAGGGACCACUACUUCUGCCACUUCUGUGACUCUGAGGGGGCUCAGGAGUACUACAGGUGUUGUAGGUGGAGAUGACUACGAGGAGGUUGACAGGUUCAACAGGCAGGGGAGGGCGAGCAGGUUGAGCAGCCGAGGCAGCCAGCAGAACAGGAGGGGCAGCUGGAGGUACAAGAGGGAAGAAGAAGACAGGGAUGUUGCAGCAGCAGUCAGAGCAUCUGUGGCAGCCAAACGGCAGGAGGAGAAGAAGAGGGUGGAGGACAAGGAGGAAGGCAGCAGCAGCAGGGGGAGAAAGGAGGAUUUGAGGGAUCCCGACGUGCUCGGCUCCAAACGUGUGCCAAAGUCUUCAAACGAUGUCACAGAAGCAGCUGCUAACGGAGUGCUCAGCCAGGAGGACUUUCCAGCAAUCGGCUCUGCUGCAGGACCUCUCCCAGGCUCUGCCCAGCCAGCUCUGGUUAAGCUUAAAGAAGAAGAUUUCCCAAGCUUGUCCUCCUCUGCAGCUCCCACCAUCUCAUCAGGGAUGUCUCUGAUGUACACAGCCACUGCCAGGAAAGCAGCCUUCCAGGAGGAGGAUUUCCCAGCCCUGGUGUCCAAAGUGAAGCCCACCAAUAGGACAGUAACUCACAUCACAUCUGCAUGGAACAAUGGUUCCAGUAAAAACGUAGUCAAAGCCAUGUGCAACCCCUGUGUCAACCAGCCAGCCAAAAAACCAUCCUUGAACACCUCCAAAGGAAACAAGAAGAGCAAUAAACUCUGUGAAUCGGACGACGAGGACGGCAGCGGUGGCCUGACCACCCAGGAGAUCCGCAACACCCCGACCAUGUUCGACGUCUCGUCCUUGCUGGCAGCUUCUACCUCACAAACUUUUACAAAAGUGGGCAAGAAAAAGAAGAUGGGGGUUGAGAAGCAGAGCCCAUCGUCCCCACGCCCGCCCCAGGAGCCACCAUUGCCCAGGCCAGGCACAGAGAGGCCCCCGGAGGCCGAGCAGCCCUGCAGGGCCUUCCCUGCUGCCCACGGCCCCCUCGUCAACGGGCACGCGGAGAAACCAUCAGCUGCCUGUGCUGCACCCAAAGAGCCCCCCGGCCUUAAAAAGCCCCCAGGGACUAACAAAUGCCCUUUACCUCAGGAAGACUUCCCAGCUCUUGGGAGCUCAGGAUCAGCCAGGAUGCCCCCACCACCAGGCUUUAACUCCGUGGUGCUGUUGAAGAACCCUCCUCCGCCUCCGGGCCUGUCGGUGCCUGUCAGCAAACCCCCCCCGGGCUUCGCUGUCAUCCCAUCCUCCACCAUCUCUGAACCCGUCACUACAGCCCUGAAAGAGCCAAAAUCCUGUCAUGGAUCAUACUUGAUACCUGAGAACUUCCAGCAGAGGAACAUCCAGCUCAUACAAUCCAUUAAAGAAUUUCUUCAGAGCGACGAGUCCAAGUUCAAUAAAUUUAAAACUCAUUCUGGGCAGUUCAGGCAGGGGCUGAUCUCUGCAGCUCAGUAUUACAAAAGCUGCCGGGAGCUGCUGGGGGAAAACUUCAAGAAGAUUUUCAAGGAGUUGUUGGUGUUGCUGCCAGACACAGCCAAGCAGCAGGAACUGCUCUCUGCUCACAACGACUUCCGGCUCAAGGAGAAGCAAAGCUCCAACAAACCCAAAAAGAACAAAAAGAACGUUUGGCAGACGGACUCCCCCGCCGACCUCGACUGCUGCAUCUGCCCCACGUGCAGGCAGGUGCUGACCCAGCAGGACGUGGUCACCCACAAAGCUUUGCACCUGGAGGAUGAGGAGUUCCCCUCGCUGCAGGCCAUCAGCAGGAUCAUCAGCUAGCUCUGCCCAGGGCCAGCAGCCAGGCUCUGGCUGUGGCUGUGCACUUUGGAACGAGGUUUGGCAGUGGCUGGGGGCUGGUGCCCUUGAGGCAGAGAGGAGCAGGUGGCUUGGGAAGCCCUCCUGGGCACAGGGGGCAGGGGAAUGGGCCAGAGCUCGUCCCCACCCUCUGUCUGAGCUCCCAAAGCUGGGCUGGGGUUAGGCUGAGCUGCAGGGGGACAGGCAGGGCUCCUUCCUCCUGGAACAUGCAAUAGCUGGGAAUCCUUUUGGAUCUGCAGAAUGACAGGGGACUCACUAGGGGAAUAAGCUUCUGGUUUGGGGGUUUCUUUCUGGUUUGGGGGUGGGGGAAGUUUAUGGAUCGCUGGAAUGAAUGGAGGUGGCUUCCCUUAUAACAUUCUGAUUUUUUUUUUGUGCUAUUUCAGUGAAGAUCACACUAGUCAGGGGUAAAAGGUGCAAGAGAGUGCUGCUCCCUGGGCUGUGUGACCAGGGCAGCUGCACACACUGGGCUGCAGAGUUUCCCUUUCUGCAGAGUCAGUUCUGCUGCUUGGAGAAUUGGGCUGAUCUGUGCAAGAUUUGAAGUUGCCUCUGACUUUUUCUGUAAAGUUCUUUCAAGAAGCUGAUUUUGUAGCCCUGCAUGUACAGUAACAGCAUUAAGGCUUUACUCUCCGUAAAGCACACGGGAAUUUUAUUUAAUGACUGCCAUGUUUCUAAUUUCUUGGAUGUAUUACUGGUGGGAGCUCCCAACAGCAUCCUGGGACAUUAAAUGCUGCUGAUUACUGACCAUGUUUUCUGCAGUGCCUUUAAGUGCAUUUAUCUGUUUACAGUAGUCUGACACCUGCACCUCCCUGGGUACCACCGGGCUGGCUUGGCUCCUGUUCCUUGGCACCCCCAAAUUCCACCCCAGAGGAAGAGGAGGGUCUCUUCCUUCCUCCUCUCGAGUGACUCCUCCAGCAGCAGCUCGGAGCUGAUGGAGUGCCAGGAGUCCCCCCUGGCUCUAGUUCGGUGUCUGAUUCUCUCCCAUCUCCAGGUUUAGUUAUUUCUAACACGUAGGAACAAAGCUCACAUUAAUUUAUGUAAUUUGUAGUGACGAAACACAGCUUUUCUAGCAUCAUCAUUUCUAUGGAAUCGAGCUCAGAGUAUUACCCACGAGCUACUCCUGCCCACAGCCACUCUUCCUUGCCUUACAUGUGUUAUUUUUGCUUGCUCUCAGGCUGCAAAGCGCUUUGGGUUUCUUUUCUGGAAUAUUUAAGACUGUUGUGACCACCUGUGCACGUUGGGUUUGGCCCAGAAGGGGCUGGGGAGGGUGAUUUGGGUGCACGAGCCCCUGGCAGUCCCUGACCCUCCCUCAGGACCCUGGAGCUGAUCCUGGUCCCUGAGUGCUGCCAGCACUUGCAGUCAGCAGCUGUCCCCAUUGGGUCUGUGCAGUUCAGGGAGUGAAAUGUCUUCCCUGCAGGAGCAUCUUGUGUCUUCCCUUGGGUUUCAGUUCCUUCUCCAUCAGCAGCUCUGAGUUCCCUGGGAGGGGCUGCUGGGAGUUCCCUCGAGCUGCUGCAUCUCUGGGGCCUGAUGUUGCAGUUUCCUUGUUCCUUGUGCUCACCUGAUUCAAUAAAGUUAUUACCAAAUCUUUUUUUUUUUUUUUUCUAUUCAUUUUUAGCUCUUUAUUGAAAAUAAGUUGCAGUUGGUUACACAGACACCGAAAAUACAGAAUCACAGAUUGUUCUCUCAAAAGAUAUUUUUAUAUAUAUAAUAUAUACAAAAUUGUAAACAUUUUAAACUUAUUUCCAUACACAGUCCACUUUAUACUACACUGCACAGAGGUUAGUGACAACUGCAACUCCUGGAAGCGUCUGCUCGGACAGAGGUAUUGGCAAAGAAACUGAACCAGCAGCCCCCAGGUGGGAGCUGUGGAGAUUAAAACUCUGAGAGGAGCUGAGGUUUGAAUGUGUAUUGCAACAAAAUCCAGGCAGCUGAACUGGGGCUUCAAGUUGAGGCAGCGAGGGCUGAGCCUCGCUGAGGGGGAGAGGGGCUUGUGACAGACAUGGGGACAAAAUGGGACUGAGAGUGGGACCAGGGGGACCAGAGCCACCUCUUGGGAGGGGUCUGAAAUGCACAGCAGCGUUUAUUGAGAGAAAUUCCACUGUGUGGGACAAUGAUGGCAAUUCCCUGGGAACAGAGGGCAGGGACAGGGACAGGGUCAGGACAGCCCUGGGAGGGCCUGAUGGGCAGAGAACAAACAGCACUGCUGGUUUUGGCAUGGACUGAUGGGAAUCUGAGAUCCCAAACGCUGCCCUGUAAAGGGGGACUUUGCUCUCAGGCUCUGCUCCAGCCCCUGACACACAGCAGGUAAUGCAGGGGGAGGAUGCUUUUCACUGAACAUCACUGAGGCUUCCACCUUUGCUAGGAACAGCUUGAAAUGUUGACAAAAACUCCAAAUCUUUUAAUAUGCCUGAAUGCACAGUGCACGAUGGGGUUACCUCAGUGCUGAGGGGCUGUGGUGCUGUGACAGAGCCUGCAAGGGGAUGGGUGGGGCAGAGUGCAGCUCCAGGAAGGGCAGAAUGCUGAAAUUCUGCUCUUCACACCCAAAUUUAGAGCUCACACCGUGCAGAGGCUUUUGGGCUGGGCUGAGCACAGCUGAGCCCUCUGUGAGCUCUGGGGAGAACAGAGGGCUGCAAACAGCCUGUGAGGAUGGCAGAGCCCUGGCACGCUCAGGGCAAUCCUGGCAUGCUUUUGGGACAAAUCUGGGACAGCCCUGGCACCCUCCUAGGAUGUGGCCUGGGUGCUUACAAGGGGGUGAGUGCUGCUGUAGCACAGCUGGGAGAAAAA